CCCAGGGGCGGCGCGCGGCCGUCUUCCUCUCCUGAGGACUCCCUGAGCAGCGGGCCAAGCAGGUGCUGCCCGCGGGGCCGGGGCCCUGAAGAUGUCUGUGCCCCGGAAGCCCAAGACGUUCAAGCUGCGGGCCUUGCACAGCCCGCAGAAGUUUGGGAUAGCGGGGAGGAGCUGCCAGGAGGUUUUGGGCAAGGGGCGGGAGCUUCCACUUCCAGGUUGCUGUGGGGAGCCCUCGUGCUGCUGCGCGGAGGUGGGCCUGCCUGAGGCCCUAAGCGAGCGUCCUGCCCUCUCCUCUCCUCUCUGUGCCUCCCAGGUGCCCGUGCCCGGCUCCCGCCUGUGCCUCUGGGAGGACGGCACGGAGCUGACUGCAGAUGGCUUCUGGAGCGUCCCCGACAACGCGGAGCUGGUGCUGCUCACCAAGGGCCAGGCCUGGCAGGGCUACGUGAGUGACAUCAGUCGCUUCCUCAGCGUGUUCCACAGGCCGCACGUGGGGGUCAUCCAGGCCGCCCGGCAGCUGCUGUCCGACGAGCAGGCGCCGCUGCGGCAGAAGCUGCUGGCCGACCUGCUGCACACGGUCAGCGAGAACAUCGCGGCCGAGACGAGGGCCGAGGACCCGCCCUGGUUCGAAGGUCUGGAGUCCCGGUUUAGGAACAAGUGCGCCUACCUGAGGUUCAGCUGUGCGAGCAGGAUCCGGACCUACCUGAGAGAGGUGGGCCCUGCACGGAGAGGGCAGGGGGACGUGGGGCUCCGCUGUGGGAGCUUCCUCGGUGACAGCGCAGGGAUGUCAGGGUCUGUGGCCACUGUGACGUCUCGGGCGCUGGCUGCACAGGCAGACCCUGCAGGAGCCUCCCCAUCACCCGAGGGAUCCCCGGGCACUGCUUCCCCGGUGCCACCCCUCGGAGGACAGGGGGACGCCGUCCCACCACCUUCCUGGCCUUCACCUCUGUGGGGUGUCAGGUGUGGUCCGGCCUCAGGUGCCGAUGACAGAGCCGGGCAGGGACUGAGGUGGCGCCUCCUGACCCCAGACCAGAGGGAACGGCUCCCUCUGCGGCGCUCACCUUGCCCUCUCUUGGUGCAGGGUCCUUUUGACAUGGCCGACUGUGCGUCCAGACACUCCAUCAACCCCUACGGCAGCCGGGAGAGCCGGGUCCUCUUCAGCACCUGGAACCUGGACCACAUGGCGGAGGCGGUCGGCGCGCAGGCCGGCAGGCAGGUGGACUGGGAGUACUUCUACAGCCUGCUCUUCACCUGCGAGAACCUCAAGUUGGUGCACAUCGCCUGCCACAAGAAGACCACCCACAGGCUCAGCUGCGACCCGCGCAGGAUCUACAGGCCCCAGGCCAAGCCCACGAGGAGGCGGGCUGCGCGCAAGCGCCCGUGACCCGGGCCACGGCCUGGUGCCGUGCGGGAUUUUAACUGGUGCUAUUUUUCUGCCACUGCAAUAGCUUCUGAAAAACAUGCUUACAGAAUCUCCCUAGAUUUCUGGCCUCAGCGCGUUUCGGCAUGUUCCCUGCGCCUGAGAGCUGCGGACACCGGGGCCUGGUGCCCGGUCGGCGGGUCAGGGACCGGAGUCCUCCGACUUGACCCACUCUGCUUGCUUUGUGGCACAGUUGCCACGGGAACGGUGUCAUGGCCAAAGCCUCCACCCUUGCCUGAGGGACAGCUCUGCCGGGUCUCCACUCCCCACACCGAAGCUCCAUCCUCUGGACUCUUCCAAAUGCUGGGAUCGUGACCCUUUCGGGGUGAACUGCUCACACCUCACAAGGAGCACAAGGGCGCUCGCUGCUGUGCUGUUCUGGCCGGAAGCGGGCCUCCCACGCCUGUCAGAGGGGCGUGGCGAUCGUGGCUCCGCGCUCAGCCACAAGAUCGCUGGCGUCUAGGCCAAGCGGUCAGUGUUGAUUUCACGGUUCAACCUCGUACGUGUAGCGAGGCCCCGCCGUGCACAGCGCGGGUGUUUGUGACUGGACACGGGAGCUGCCUGUUAAAUGCACUGGCAGGUGGCCUAACGCUAAGGCCACGAGUGUGUCACACACGUGCUAGUGUGAGGCAGCUCGUCUGUGCACAGCAGUGAUCCUGGGGACGGUGGGCCCGCCGGUUACAAGGACUGAUGUUCUAAACCGUGUUUUAUGAGAGUCGGCCCUCGUGUCCGCCGGCUGUGCCGCAGCUGGAAUCCUCGGGUGCGGAGGGCCGACUGCACGCCCUGCUCUUCCUCGUUCUACAUCAGGCCCUGAGCACCCUCAGAUUCUUGGUGUUGGGGUGGGGUUCUGAACCAGCCUCCCGCGGGUACCGAGGAACGCUUGUACUUGAAGUUUUUAAAAUGAGCAUUUAUUUCAGAAUUUUUAAAAUUUAGUUUUUUACCUUUUGUAACAUUUGAAUUUUCACAUUUGUUGUAGAACCAGGGAAAGCAGUAAAGGUUUUUCACAAAUAGA